AUGGUAUACCAUAGCAAAAUAUGGCCAAGUCAUCGGUGGCCAUAUUUCAUAGCUACUCGGGUAAUCCUGAUGCCUCAUAGCCACACAGAUCCAGGAUGGUUGAAAACGUUUGAACAAUAUUUCCACAGUUCAACUCGUGGUAUCCUGAACAACAUGGUGGCAAAGCUUCAACAGUGGCCCAAUAUGACGUUUAUUUGGAGCGAAGUUUCCUUCCUAUCUCUGUGGUGGGAAAGUGCUCACCCAACAAAGAAAGCAGUGGUUAAACGUCUGGUAAAGGAGGGUCGCCUCGAAAUGACCACUGGUGGCUGGGUGAUGACAGAUGAGGCAACAUCUCACAUUUACGCGAUGCUUGACCAACUCAUAGAAGGUCAUCAGUGGUUAAAAUCAAACUUGGGAGUUACUCCGGAGUCCGGAUGGUCAGUAGAUCCCUUUGGGCAUGGCAGUACGAUAGCAUAUCUUCUAAAAGCCUCCGGUCUAUCUGGAACAAUAAUUCAAAGGAUUCACUACGCUUGGAAGCAGUGGUUUGCCAAGAAACAAUACGGAGAUUUUAUCUGGCUACAACCGUGGGAUCAAAUUGGAGCACACGACAUGCUGACACAUAAUCAACCAUUUGAUAUCUACAACAUCAAGCACUCUUGUGGUCCACAUCCCCAUGUCUGCUUGAACUUUGACUUCCGGAAGAUUCGAGGUGAAUAUACUGAGUACUCUGUUCGUGCAGUCGACAUUACGCCUAACAAUGUCAAACAGAUGGCUGAAUUGCUACUUGAACAAUAUUCACGAACUGGCUCUCUAUUCACUCACAAUGUCGUACUCAUGCCACUCGGUGAUGACUUCAGGUACGACCAUCCUGUCGAGUGGGAUCAACAAUACACCAAUUACAAGAUUCUCGUCGACUAUAUAAAUAGCCGUAAGGAUGAAUAUAAUGCUGAAAUAGUAUUUGGAACUCCAAAAGACUAUUUCCGAGAGAUUGAAAAAAGGAUGACAAAAUUUCCAACAUUGAAGGGUGACUUUUUUGUAUACUCUGACAUCUUCAGUGAAGGUAGGCCAGCAUAUUGGAGUGGAUAUUUCACAACUCGGCCAUACAUGAAAAUUUUAGAUCGUGAACUUGAGGCGAAUUUGCGGUCUGCUGAAAUUCUUUACACAAUCGCUCUAAAUGUUGCUCGACAAAGUGGAAAUGAUAUUAAACUUUAUGAAACUUAUUUUGAAAAGUUAGUAAAAGCACGACGAAAUCUUGGUCUCUUUCAACAUCAUGAUGCAAUCACUGGUACUUCAAAAUCUUUUGUGAUGAAAGAUUAUGCAUUAAAAUUAUUCGAGUCAAUAUCAGAUAUGAGUAGUCUGCAGAGUUUUGCUAUCCAGUCACUGACGGAGUCUUCAGCGAAAACAAAUUCCAUCUAUGUAUUACCUGAAUCUGAUAGAGACAGUUUUGAGAAACUUCCAAAGAAGAUUCCAAUCACGGUGAAUAGCCGUGAAUCUCGGAAAGUAAUACUCUUCAAUCCUCUUGCACAACCACGACAAGAAGUCAUCAGUUUGAAAGUUAAUUCUCACAAAGUCCGGGUUUUAGAUCCUCAAAAAAAUCCAGUACCUUAUCAAAUAGCACCAGUGAUGAAUGCCACAAGUAUAACUCAUGACGUGUAUGUUUUACUCUUUGUGGCAAACCUCAAGCCCUUAGCGAUUGCAACUUAUCAUGUGGAACAGGUGGACAAAGUUCCAACAGAAGCGAUUUCAACCGUUUAUUGCAACAGGUGUGGAAAGGACAACGUCUUUCCGAUAAAAUCAAUGCCAUCAAGUGACAUUCAGCUGGAGAAUCAUCGAAUGAAGCUGUUGAUCGAUGGACAAACGGGAUUAUUGAAGCGAGUAACCAAAAAGUCAACUGGAAAAGUCAUGCAAUGUAAUUUACAGUUUGCUGCUUAUGCCUCUGCACAAUUUCAUAGCGGAGCAUACCUUUUUAUGCCCGACCCAAACCUCAGAGACACUGACAAAGACAUUCUCGAUGCUUAUACACCUCAUCAGAAAAUUUAUAUUGUCUCUAGUAGUUUGAGUUCACGAUUAACUGUGGAAUAUGGAAAGCUAUUAACUCACCACAUCACAAUAUUCCAUCAUGAUGGACCUUUAGCAGAGGCAAUUUACAUUAGAAACGUGAUUGAUUUUGAAACACCACCUAAAAAUAGGGAAACUGAAAUGUUCAUGAGAAUACAAACAGAUAUACUUAAUGGAGAUCCUCCAGAAUUUUACACUGACCUAAAUGGUCAUCAAAUGUUGAAGAGAACCAAAAUAGAGAGAAUUGGAAUUGAGGGUAAUUAUUAUCCAAUUACAACCAUGGCUUAUAUCGAAGAUAAUGCUCAUCGAUUAACUCUCUUAGUAAAUCAUGCUCAGGGAGCUGCUAGUUAUCAACCAGGAUGGCUUGAAGUAAUGCUCGAUCGAAGAACUUUAUAUGACGAUUCAAGAGGAAUGGGUGAGGGUCUUUUGGAUAAUCGGAAAACAAUUUUAAAGCAUUGGCUCUUAUUAGAAGAUAUUACUGACGAAAAGGAUGAAUAUUCAAAGCCUUCAUUAUUUGCUAAUCACUUGAGCAAUGCUUUGAAUUAUCCUAUUAAUAUUUUUGUCGUUGAUAAAACAGAAAGUGAUGUGAAAAUAACUCCAGAAGUGAAAUUACUUAGUCAAAGUUUUCCAUGUGAUUUACAUCUAUUAAAUUUGAGAACUAAUCAUGAUCAAAAACUUCCUCAUUUCCCUGUAAGUAGUGCUCUUAUGGUUCUUCACAGACAAGGAUAUAGCUGUUCAGUUGGUGCGGAAAUUACACUCAAACAUUGUCCAUUAAGUGAACGACCUAAUUUAGGAACAUAUUUUUAUAAAUUAGGUAAAGUGAAUGUUACGAAAAUGUCACUUACAGGAACUAUUGUUAAAAAACAUUUAAAAGAUGGAUUGCAAAAUAUUAAUCCAAUGCCCAUGGAAAUUGAGACUUACAAUGUUCAAUUUGUGAAGUGAUUGACUUAUGCUAGUGAUAAUUAAUAAUAACAAUAAUAAUUGAUAAAUGAAUUUGAUAACUAAUUAAUUGAAUAUUAAACUAAGAAACAAAAUGACUGAUUAAUUUGGCAAAUGAAUUAGCAAAGAGUGCGAAAACUAACGAUUGAUGUAUAAGUUCAAUUAUGAAUGAGAUCGUCUCAGAUACUUCUUUUCUAGUUGAUUUAAUUAAAUAUCAAAGAGUUGAAAUAUAUAUUUCCAUAUUUAAUGAAAAUUGACGAAGAAAGAAUUUUAUUGUUCAAUUAGUAAUACGUUCAUUAUCAGUUAAAUCAUUCAAUGAAUUUUAAUUAAUGGAUUGAAAAUUUGAAUGUUUAAAAUUUGAGCAAUAAUUAAUAAUGACGUGGAAUAUUAAUUUUCUGAAAAUCUGGGACGACUGCACUUGCAAAAUUGAAAUUAUAAAAAAUUAAUUUAUGAAUUGUUGAAAGAAUUUAUGUAUAUUUGAAAUUUUUAUUUCAAAUUUCUAUAUAAUGUUAUUUUAAAUAAUUUCAUUAACGAUCAAAAAUUGUAAUUGAAAACAAAUAUUUAAAAGUUAAUAAUUAAAAAAGUAAGUAUUGAUGAAAUGACAACUAUAAUAAUAAGGAAAUGUUUAAAUAUUAAAAAUAAUUGGAAAAUCUCGGGGCAAUAGCAAAAAAAGACUUAAUUAUAAAAAAUAAAAAUAGUUAAAAAAAAAAAUUAAUUAAUUAAGAAUAUAGAAACAUAAAAAAAAAAAUAAAUAAUUAAUAUUUAAUAAGUUGAGUAAAAUCGAUUAAAAUUAUCCUAACAUUCUCUCAUAAAAAACAAUUAAAUUUUACCUAUUUUCAUAUUUCCAAUGGCCUUCAACGACUCCAUUUAUCUUGCAAUUAGGAUCAUGCAGCUUUUACGCAAUUAAAGUUAAAGUAGAAUUUUUCAAUGUCAUCAUGUAGAAAAAAAAUUAUUCUGAUCAUACAUAAAGAAUUAAUGAAUUUAAUAAAAUUUGUAUAAAUUUCACAUACACAACCACACCUAUUUCUGCAUUCUUAAACCAAGAUAAAUUAUACAAAAACAAAUUUUUGUAUUCAUUUAAAGUGACGACGUUCACAAUGUUCUUCCAAUUUUGAUGUAAACGCGAAGGACCUUUUGUAAAGUGCAUUUCAGAAGGAUAAUAAUUGUAAAUAAUAAAAUAAUAGUUCAAUUGAAUGCUGAUGAGUGAAUAAAUGUUUAUAAUUUUUUCAAAAACAAUUAGCAUUUAAUUUAUUCCAACGCAAUUUUAGAAAAAAUUCAAUUCUUCGGAUUGACAAAUAAUUGUUUUAUUGACUAAUGAUUCAAUGAAACAAUUUAGUAUAAGUAAAAUAAAUCCAUUAUAAUUGUACUCAAUCAUGAUUGUUUAUUCUGUACUUUAAUACAUUUGUACUCUUAUUUGUAAUUAUUAAAUGAAGAUGAUAACACUAUUUAAUUAUUGAGAAUACAAAAGAUGUUAUUACUGUUGAAUCAAGCACUGUAUAUCAAAAAGUAAAUUUAUUACAGAUUAAAAUCAAUUACAGAGAGAUUUGAUGUUUUAAAUAAACGACGUAAAGCUAUUAAUAUUGAAAACGAACAUAUUACGUAGUUUGCUAACUACAUUUUGCCAAUACAGGACA